AUGGAUUUACGUAGCUCACCUACUCCACCACCACCAGAGGUAUUAGUUCCUACUGUAGAGUCAGCCUCAAAACCAAUUUCAACCACAACAAUACCAUAUCCAGUUAUGACAAACACACUACAAAGUACACCAAUCAAACGACAUUCGAAUACCUCCAUACGAGUGGUGCUGCUGCUGCCAAAACUUGUGGAAGAUAGAGGAGAUCAGAGUAGUACACAGGUGGACUCGGAAGAACAUCCUCAUAAUGAUCAAUUUGAUAAAAUAGCUAGUAAUAUAAAUGAAACCAUUGCUGAACUUAAUACAAUAUAUCAAGAAAUUGGAUACACAUCAAAUGAAACACUGACUAAAAAACAAGAGAUAUUUAAAACAAUACAAGAUUCAAUCAAUUUAUUUGUUACUAAUUUAACACGAGAGAAAUCAAAUAUUGAGAAUGAAGUUGAAUGGUUGAGACAACAAAUAAGGAUAAUUUUAUCGAUGAUAAAUGAUACAAAGGGGGAUAAGAAUUUACAAUUGAUUAAUAAAGGAUUGGUAUUUGAUAAUCGACAGAUGUAUGAAGAUGGGUAUAAACAACAAAUUUUGAAUCAGAUAACAGCAAUGGAUAAUGCAAACCCAUUGGGAAUUGAGAAACAAGAACAAUUGAAUUAUAUGUUGAGUAGUAUACCUAAUUUAAGUCUACUUGAAAAGAGAAACCGAUUGAAUAAGAUAUUUUUGAAAGUAUUGGCACUGUUUGUUGGUGUAUUCAAGGAAUUUAAUCAGGUCAAUUUAGAAUACGCAGAGAUUAAGGAAUUAAUUGGUGAAUCUGAUGGUUCAAAUCUACUAUCUUCAUUGCCUAGUAAAACUGAUGCAGAAUAUCAUAAAAGUACAAUAGACCAAUUUCAAAAUCUUGUCAAGAAGUUAAAUGUUGAGAAAUUACCCAAUGAUCAUAGGAAAGAAAAAUUCACACCUUUUAUAUUAGCAAGUCCAUUGAAGAACAAUCCAGGAAGCCCCAAUAAAACAUAUAGUGAACAACAGCCAUCGGUUACAAAUGAUGAUUUCAUAGAGUUGAGAGAUACAAACUACCAGUUGGUGAGAAUCAUAAGAGGGUUGAGAUUUACCAAGAUUACCAACGAGUUGAUAUCGUCGAUUCAAGUAGAGAUUGAAAACUGUCGAAAUGAAUUGGACACGAGAAAGACAACUAUAAUUGGGAUCAUAGAAAAAUGUUUUAAAUACAUUGAUACUUUACAAAUCAAGGAUGAGCAACUUCUCAAAAUUCAACAAGAGGAUCAACCUAAUAACGAUGCAUACUUGGAUUUAGAAACAUUGAAUUAUAUUCUUAGUACACCGGAGAAUUUUGGUUUAAGUGAUGAGAAUAUCGAGUUUUUAAUUCAUUUCCAAAAUUUGUUGGAUAAGACUAUUGAAGUUAGACAAAAAGAAUGGGACCAAUAUUCUACUACGUGUCACUCGUUAUGGGAGAAAUUAAAUGAAUCACAGGAGUAUAUUGAUAAUUUUCUUGAGAAAAACAGCUCGUUGAGUGAGUUGUCUUUGUUGAAUUUCAAAAUGGAAUUGAAUAAAUUAUACAUAAAGAGAUCUGAGUUUAUUGAAACUUUUAUAUCUGAUACCAGACAAGAAAUUGAACAAUAUUGGGAUAAAAUGUAUUAUUCACCAGAUAUGAGACAGGAAUUUGAAUAUUUCAACUAUUCUAGUGAUGAAGAAGAUGAUAAAGAACAAGUUUUAAAUAAUCAUGAGAAAUAUUUAGAAGAUUUAAAAGUUGAGUAUAGUCAAAAGGAACAUAUAUUCCAGAAUUAUUAUGAAUUGAAAGAUCUUUUGCAAGACCAGGAAUUUUUAAUUGAAUCGAGUAAAGAUUCGUCACGUUUGUUGAGUAAGAAUUCAUGUAAGAUAUUACUUAAUGAAGAGAAAAUAAGAAAGAGAAUUAACAAGAAUUUACCACGUUUGAUAGAUUCAUUGAAAAAAGGAAUUAGUGAGUAUAAUAACAAUGCUAUCCAACAAGAUAAAAAGACAUUACUCAUUGAUGGUGAAGAUUUCUUUGAAAAGAUAUUAGUUAUUGAAUCUAAACAGCAUAAGAAGCCUACUACAAAUAGACUGAAUGCAAGAGCAAGUUCAAGUUCAAGAGGAAAUUCAAGGAAUGUCAGCGUAUCUCCAAAGAAACAGACCCCAGGAGUUCAUCAAUCGAAUGUGAAGAAAUCACCAAUUAGACCUGCUACUCGUCCUACAACAACAAUAUCAUCAAAAUCACGUAUAGCAAAAGUAGCACCAACUAAGCCAAGGUGGAAUAGUAGAGAGAAAACAUUCAACAAUCCCACUACAAUUAAACUUACCAAUGCGUUGAAUGCAACUCUUGGACAUAACUCAUCAAUUAUACAAAGUAGUCCGUUACAAGCAACCAGGAAUAGCUCGACAUUAGAAAAACCACCUUCUGGUAUACAACCAUUGAUAUCUCCAUUAAAACCAUCAAAUUUGAUGAAUAAGAAUCAUUCAACUCCAACCAUGAGGCAAAGCCCUGUAACGUCAACAGUUGAUAGUAUUCCUAUUGGUAAAGAGAAUAAUUCAUCACCAUUUGAUUUAUCACCUAUUAAAAUCAGACCGAGUUUUUUUGAACAUGAAUCAAUGAAUAGUAAAUUAAGAAGAAUAAGUGGUAUCACUAAUGAUACUUCAACUUUAAUUGGUGAGGAUUAUUUAAACUGGAGAGAUGAAAAAAUAAGACAACUUAAAGAUUGA